AUGGAUGAAAUUCCUCGACCAGAGCUGUUUGAUUUCCAUGGAGUCUCAAUGAUCAAAAUGCUCACAGCGAACUGGGAGAACAUUCAAAACUUUCAGGCCAGACCGGAUGAUAUCCUCAUCGCCACAUAUCCUAAAGCAGGCACUACAUGGGUUUCCAACAUCCUUGAUUUACUGUACUUCGGUCAGAGAGAGAAAGCCAUCCCUAUAUAUGAGAGAGUGCCUUUCCUGGAGGUGUUUUCUCCAGGCAUUGGUUCAGGAACAGAUUGGGCGGACAAGCUGCCCACCUCCCCUCGACUCAUUAAAACUCAUCUUCCUGUCCAGCUCGUGCCACAGUCAUUUUUGGAACAAAAAUGCAGGAUAGUCUACAUUGCCCGCAAUGCAAAAGACAAUGUUGUGUCUUUCUUCCACUUUGAUCGUAUGAACAAGAGUCAGCCAGAACCUGGAGAUUGGAGCAGCUACCUUCAGAGAUUCAAGCAAGGAAAGAUAUUGUAUGGAUCCUGGUACGAUCAUGUGAGCAACUGGUGGAAGAAGAAACAGACUUAUUCAAAUCUGCACUACAUGUUCUUUGAAGACAUGGUUGAGGACACCGGACGAGAAAUAGACAAACUCUGCUCCUUUCUUGGUUUGACUCCUUCAGUCGAGGAAAAGACGAGAAUCACAGGAGAAGUUCAUUUUGACAAAAUGAAGAAGGAUGAGAUGACUAACUACUCAACCGUCCCUGUCAUGGAUUUCAAAAUUUCUCCCUUCAUGAGAAAAGGAAAAGUGGGUGACUGGAAGAACCACUUCACUGUGGCUCAGAAUGAAGAGUUUGGUGAAGACUACAAGACAAAGAUGAAGGAUCCCACUCUCCAGUUUCGCACAGAAAUAUGAAAAGGACCAGAUGUGUAGAUGUUGAAUGACUGACAGCAUGAGACACUCCUGAGUGGAGAGAUGCAGAUUGCAGAUGUUGCUGAUUUGUCCGAAUCAGAGCUGCAAGGCAUGAAACACAAAUGAACACAUGAAAUCAAAAGACUUAUCAUGCAUUAGAGAGAAUGUUUCUGAUUUGACAUGAUAGAUUUAUGUCCCAUCUUGAUUUUGAGUGUGGU